CUCAGCCAACUUGAUCAUCCCCCGUCCAAUCAUGACACACCACAAGGUCGACGCGCUCAGGGGCAUAUUUGUAAUUCGAUGCACUGCGCCUGCGUGUGGCGAUCUUUCGCACGCCGCCUCGCUUCCAGUGUAAAAGCCCUUAAUCUCAUCUCCUUGCUCACCAAGCCAACAAAAUCUUGGGUUGAACCUCGUCUUCCAUCGCUCGCAUAGAUGGGUCGAAAGUUCUUUGUCGGAGGAAACUGGAAAUGCAAUGGGACAAGCGAGGAAGUUAAGAAGAUCGUCAGCACCUUGAACGAUGGUGAAGUGCCGUCAUCAGAUGUCGUCGAGGUUGUGAUAAGCCCACCAUAUGUGUUUCUUCCUCUGGUUAAAAGUUUGCUGCGUCCUGAUUUUCAUGUUGCCGCACAGAAUUGUUGGGUAAAGAAAGGAGGUGCAUUCACUGGUGAGAUUAGUGCGGAUAUGCUUAAAAAUCUUGACAUUCAUUGGGUCAUUCUUGGACACUCAGAACGAAGACUCUUAUUGGGUGAAUCAAAUGAAUUUGUUGGAGAUAAAGUCGCAUACGCACUCUCUCAAGGUCUAAAGGUGAUUGCUUGUGUUGGUGAGACCCUUGAACAGCGGGAAUCAGGAGCCACCAUGGAGGUGGUUGCUGCACAAACGAAAGCAAUUGCAGAUCGUAUAUCAGAUUGGACCAAUGUAGUUGUGGCUUAUGAGCCAGUUUGGGCUAUUGGAACUGGCAAGGUUGCAACCCCAGCUCAGGCUCAGGAAGUUCACUCUGCUUUGAGGAUGUGGCUUCAAACUAAUGUGAGUGCGCAAGUUGCUGAAUCUACUAGGAUCAUAUAUGGAGGUUCUGUAAAUGGAGCGAACUGUAAAGAGCUGGCUGGACAGCCUGAUGUCGAUGGUUUUCUGGUUGGCGGGGCUUCUUUGAAGGCUGAAUUUUUGGAGAUCAUCAAGUCUGCCACCGUGAAGUCGUCUGCCUAAGGAGUUCACUUGUUCCAGUGAAAUCUGUUUGAAAGAUGUAAGAACAGUGUUGUGUGUUGAACUCCCCGAAUCUUGUGUUAGACACAGCUUUUUGUAGUAUUUGCCUGAGAGUUAGAAGUGGGCUUUGAAUGUUAAUAAUCCGAAAUUGUUUUUCCUGAACCUUGGAAGCAUCGGCUGAUCAGUUAUUUCAACUAUCAAAUGGACGCUACCAUGUUAAGCUUGCUUGGUUGCGUCUUUGUGCUUUAG